ACAAAUGAUGUUCGAAUGACCAACAAAAACAAGGACUACCACUUUUUUGCUACAAAUUUUGUUUUAAACAGAAUUUCAACUGAAAAACAGCCUAUUGUGCACCAUGACUCCCCUGAACCAAGCCUGGAAAUCUUCUUACCAAAUGAAGCCGAGAUAUUGGUGUAUAAAGAUAGCCUAAAGAUUCUUUUAGGACGUAUUCUUGUUGAAUACAUGCCAGGAUUUCAAUGGAUGAAGAAAGUUUUGCCAGAUCAUAUAGAUCAUCCUCACAAAGAAGAGAUGAAAAGAAAAUCUGUGGUACAUAUGCUCCCUCUUUCCUUGAACAACGAAUGCUCCUAUGACGGAUGUGUCAGAAUUAUGGAUGAAUAUAUUGAAAUGAUUAACAGAUGGUAUAGAAAAGCUGGCAGAGCUGCAGAACUAGACACACUGCAGAUUCCAGUUGGAGGAGAUCAGCUUACCAGGGUCAGAUUACAAGGGGCAAAGACACUAAGAGCUGGAGCACACACUAAGCAAGAAAGAUUUGAUCAAUUAUACCCAAUGGUAAUUGAGCUGUUCCACACUCUUCAAGACUUUCUAGAGAAACUGACCAAAAGAUUUCUGAAAUUAGGUAACAGCAGAGACCAGGGGACUUUAGCAAACCUGAAGAUUUUGAUUCAGAGGUCAAAUGUCAAUGGAAAGGUGAAAAGUAGAUUUAAGGCCCAUGAAGACUUUGUCCUUACUGUAGGGCAUUCUUACUUCCUUGAUUAUGUGAUGAAAAAAUUUGAUAUGAAAGACUUGGACGACACACCAACCCACAAACUGUUACCUGAAAAUAUCAAACAGUUACAUGCUCCUUCAAAACAGAAGAUUUUUGAUGCCCUUAUGGAGGAAGUGAUAGCAGAUAUUUACAUACCUUAUGAAACUCAGGCACCCAAAAAAGUGGAUCUAAAACUACUGAUAGCCAACCAGGCAUACCAAUGUUCUGCAUCAUUAGACAAUAACACAGCAGUAGUUCCACUCUCUAUUAAUGGUAGACAGACUAUCAUACAAGUUCCUGUUCCUAGACUACAAGAAGGCUGCAGCAUAAAUGUGAAUGGUAUUACAAUUUUUAUUCAGGAGGUGAAAAAGGGACAAGAUGACCUGUUUAAUUAUGUUCACAAUUUUCUUCAAUGGUAUUUUAUUAUUUUGCAAAUGGAAGAUGCUAUUCAUGAAGGAGAUAUGGUUAGAACAAAUGUAAUCAUUAAGACAAUGAUUCCAUUUUUUUUCUCACACUCAGUUCUUUCUAAGUAUUUUACCGAAUGUAUUGACUUCAUUCUAAAGACUGAGUUCACUUUGCCACCUCAUGUUGCUGCAGAGGUUAGGGCUGCAUCUUUUGUGAACGUCCAUGGUGGUAUUGGGAAAAAUAAGGCUGCAGACAUGCACAAGGAAAAUGAAGUGAAGCUAGUUAAAGAUUUGAUCAAAGGCCUUGGGGCAAACAAGACAGAAAAAUCUAUUAUCGCAAUGUCAAAAGCAGCACCAGUUAUAAACGAUGUAACAACAAACUUUGACAAAAUGUUGAAAUUGAACGACUUCAAAACAAAACAUAAAAAGAGAUCAUCGGAGGAAGACAUUCGUACUCUAGUUAAGAAGCUAAAAGACCUUGAUCUUUGGAAUUUUCAUGAAAACAGAACACUAACAUUAUUCACUGGUAUAGGUCAAUCACCUUUCAACUUCGAUACUGAUGUGUUUUUAAGGAAUAUGAAAUCAACCAUAUUCAGACUGCAAAGGGAUUUGCCAUGUGAGGCAGAUGAUGAUAACAAUCAUGAUGAUGAUGAUGACAAUGAGGAAAGUGACAUGGAAGAUUAAUUAAAACAUAUACAUGUACUUGCAUUUAAAUAAUAUACUGGUC